AUGAUUGAACAACUGGAAGAGGCGAUCUACCAUAUCUUUGAUGACAAUAUUGACAUAUAUGAGUUCAUGGGAAUAACUCGUACUGCAACCUCGGCAGAAAUACGAAAAGCUUAUCGUCAACAUGCAUUACUUUACCAUCCAGAUAAACAACGAGGUGAUGAAACCAAAUUCACAAUCUUAUUAAAAUGCUAUGAAAUCUUAACUAAUGAGACCUUGCGGAAGAAAUAUGAUCAGUUGAGUGCCGCUAAACAACAGCGAGAGAUUGAUCGUGAAAAGUUGGCUGAUUUGACUAGACAAUUUCAAGAUGAGCUAUUGGCAAGUGAGGAAAAAGUACGUACCAAUAAGAAAAGAAAAUGGGGACAUAGUAUUGAACAAUUGAAAGAAGAUGGAUUGAUGAGAAGGCGGCUUAUGGAACAAAAAUUAUAUGAAAAGAAGAAUGUAGGAGAAGCAAAACCUGUUUCUAUUGAUGACUUACCUGUUGAUGACCUUAUCCAGAACAAUUUUAGCUCUUUUGAUACAGUUAGAUUAAAGUAUUCAUACCGAGAAAACCUACGUGAUUUGAUAGAUAAACAUGUGAUUGCGGAAAUAAUGGGUAUAUUUGGUGAGAUAGAGUCGGUUUCUAUGCUAAAUCAUGAUGAUAGAUAUGGGUAUGCUUUAAUUCGAUAUAAGCAUGACAAAGAUGCUACUGCUGCGUGUAAUCACAACUAUAAUGAAUCGGCAACAAAAUGGGAUGGAACAAAGGUCAGAAAAUUGGCAAGUUUACUUCGGCAUUGUUCUGUUGAAAAAGUUAAUCAAGACGACUAUACUGACAAUCCUCAAGUCAAUGUUAUUUUAGAGGAUUAUAAAGCAAGACAUGUGAAAUCCGUAUCUGACAAGAAUUGGUAG